AUGACAACAGUACACUUGAUUGCCGACACCCUGAUGGAAGUCCCUGCUAUGGAUGAUUCCAUGGAAAUGGCCUCGCCCUAUCAAGGGCAGGCUGACGAUUUCGACAUCGAUAUCGACCUCAUGGAAGACCAGCUUUCGAACAUGGACAGUGAUAUGAUGGGUGCGGAGGAAUUUACGAACACCUCCCAACAUGAUACUCGCAACAAUGACGCGAUCUACGAUGCCGACAUGGCCGAUGAACCCUCGGAAGGAUCCAUGAUCGACGCUGACAACUACGCCGACGAAGACAACGACAUCGACGUCCAAUACGACGAGCCAUAUGAAGAGGAAAUGAUUGAAAGUGAGCCCGUCGCCCAGGCCGAUAUUGCUGUUUCCUCCAUUCAACUUGAUUUAAUGGCUAGCAAUGAGAAUGCUGCUGGUCCUGUUCAGGAGGAUGCCACUAUCCCUAUUGCGGAACCACUUGAGGCAGCACCCCAAGAUUCAAAUGACGCUGUAGAAAUUGCCCCAGCUCAACACGGAGCUCCUGUCUCCGGAGCUGACGACCCUGGCACACAGGCCGAGUUGAGCACGACUAUUGAUGGUCUUCCCACGGAACCGUCCGCAAUCGUCAAGAAUACCGAUAUCAGUGGUAACCACGAAAAUCCAGAACUUGUUGGAAAAGCCAACGAAGUCUCGCAACCUUCUGUGUCGGAGACCGAGGUAAGAACUGCGUCCAACGAGGGCUUGGAGACCAGCCAAAUCAAGAGUUCCCCUCAGAGAGGUCGGAUUGAUAUCAAGGCCGAUGCCACUGUGCAUCCAGAAGUCCAGCCUGAGUCCGAAGAGAAUCACAAGGCUGCGCCCACGGAGGACUCUCUCCACAACGUUACAUACACGGAUGAAACUCUACACCCAGUGAAAAUCCUGUACCAAAACUCCGAGAUCGCUCUUUUCCCUCCCCUUGAGGGAGAUUCGGCAGAGACAUUCUUCCUUCCGGAUGAAGAUGUAGCCUAUGACAACAUUGGUGAAUUGUUCAAGCAACUGCGAGAGGUCCUUGAGGACUCCGUUGGAACUGACGUCCUGGUCAUUGACGUCGACCCCCUCGGCAUCCAAAUGACAGAGGACUCGUCCCAUACAUCUCAAGUUACGCUGUAUCAGAUCCUCGACCUUUACCUUCGACUUUGUCGCAACGAUGGCAUUGACGAGCCUGAUGCCCUUUACCUUACACUGAGCAGCAAGCGUGCUUUCUCGGAUGAGAUAUUAGAACUCAAUACCGCCGCAAUCGCUGGAAAGACACUUUCUGAGCUUCAAUCCGAACUUCACUCUUGGGAUGAGUACGACGAAGCCGGGCCAGGCUCCGAGGAGGAUCCUGAAGCCCGUGGUGCGGAAGAACAUGAAGAUGAACUGUACUACACCGGCGAGGUUCAAAAAGAGGAUACGAGUCGCGACACCCAACCAGUUGCAGGGCCUGAAGGAGAGGAGGCUAGCGCUCAGGCUCCGGUUGCAUCCCAGACAGAGACCGGCCGUGCACAGGAUGAGAAUGGAACCGCUUCUGGCGAACAGGAGGCGGAGUCUGCAGCUGAGUCUGCAAUCCAUGCCAUCCAGCCCCAAAGCGAGGAACUGGAACAACACGAGGAAUACAGGGAUAACCAAGCUGCUGAAUACCAUGAUGGUCCUGACGGUCCCACAGAAGAGCAUUAUGAUUCCGACGGUCCGCAUAGCGAUUCGAGUGCCACGGUAGCUGGCUUCACUGGAGAGAGUGAGAUCAAAGGUAGCAUCCACGAUGCUUCUUUGGAACAUGGACAUGUUGGUACGGGCCAAAAUGACAACGGGAAUCACUACGAAGAGGACCAUGGAAAUGGCGAACUCGAGGGUGAGGAGUAUCAGGAACAUGAACACAUGAGCCCGUAUGAGGAUCCAGGAGUUUCUCAGGCAGAUAUUACCGUUGGCGAAACUGGUGAUGCUGAGAUUCAAAAACCUGAUGACCAGGUGCCUGUCCUCGAUGAAGAGGACGCAGACGAAUUAGAUGCCCCGCCGACGAAUGAGAUCGUUCCGACUGGUGACGCUGACAUUCAACAACCUGAAGACCAGGUGUCUGUCCCCGACGAAGAGGACGCAGAUGAAUUAGAUGCCCCACCUACGAACGAGAUCGUUCCGACUGGUGCUGCUGAAAUCCAAAAACCUGAUGACCAGGUGCCUGUCCUCGAUGAAGAGGUCGCAGAUGAGUUAGAUGCCCCACCGACGAACGAGAUCGUUCCGGCUGUUUCCUUACAGGGUGGAAACGACGAUGUUUCCCAGGACCAGACCGCUCGAUCGCUUCGCGGCGAAUUGCAGGAUGCCUCUGGCACCAAGGAGCAAACGCCGGAGCCCACAAAUGAUUUACCUGGAAGCGCCGAAGAGCUACUACAGACUCCCCUUGGAGUUAAGGAGAGUGAUACCCUCGAUGACUUCGAAGGCAUAGAUUAUGAUGAGCUCGAAGAUGGAUCCGUUGCCUCUGCUACAGCUGGAGAUGAAGACGCCGACGAACAGGAGUUCGAUCAAAACGAAAACCAUUUCGGCGACUACGAGACUUAUGUCGAAGAAACGGAGGCCGUAGAGGUGUCCGGAGACCCCUCCUUGACAGACUCCCCCAACAAUAACAUGUCUUCCAAACGGUCCCGCGAAGAUGAAGAUGACUGGGACUUGGAGGAACCCACUCUCGAGACCAAACGUCGCCGCCCUUCGUAA